AUGCCCAACAGUGAAGUGCUCCGCAUCUAUGCAGCAUACAAAUUAGAAAGACGUAUUAAACUUCAUAAGCAGCUACAGUUAUCUUUGAUACAUCAGAAAAUUUUAACAAGAGAAGAUCAGUACAUCUACUCACUAGCAUUCAAUUUUAGCACCUACAACUUACUUUCCGGUAGUGUAUCAGAUGAUUGGCUAGUAUUCGAACACCGAAUAUGGAUAGUUAUAUUCGACAGUUAUUUGUAUCUUUUCGAAUGGUACAUGCUUAGCCCAGAGUGGAUAGUUGUAUUCGACAGUUAUUUGUAUCUUUUCGAAUGGUACAUGCUUAGCCCAGAGUGGAUAGUUGUAUUCGACAGUUAUUUGUAUCUUUUCGAAUGGUACAUGCUUAGCCCAGAGUGGAUAGUUGUAUUCGACAGUUAUUUGUAUCUUUUCGAAUGGUACAUGCUUAGCCCAGAGUGGAUAGUUGUAUUCGACAGUUAUUUGUAUCUUUUCGAAUGGUACAUGCUUAGCCCAGAGUGGAUAGUUGUAUUCGACAGUUAUUUGUAUCUUUUCCAAUGGUACAUGCUUAGCCCAGAGUGGAUAGUUGUAUUCGACAGUUAUUUGUAUCUUUUCGAAUGGUACAUGCUUAGCCCAGAGUGGAUAGUUGUAUUCGACAGUUAUUUGUAUCUUUUCCAAUGGUACAUGCUUAGCCCAGAGUGGAUAGUUGUAUUCGACAGUUAUUUGUAUCUUUUCGAAUGGUACAUGCUUAGCCCAGAGUGGAUAGUUGUAUUCGACAGUUAUUUGUAUCUUUUCGAAUGGUACAUGCUUAGCCCAGAGUGGAUAGUUGUAUUCGACAGUUAUUUGUAUCUUUUCCAAUGGUACAUGCUUAGCCCAGAGAGGUCUAAAACUUUUACAAGCAAAUUCAUAGGACCGACUCAAAUGUGGUGGUACUUGAUGCUACAUUGUUGUGGUUCUCCAUUGAACCGCCAGGAUGAUCAUGGCGUCCUGAGCAACUUUCGGGAGACUGCUUGCUUGCUUUAUAGCUGA